AUGGUGACCUUCAAGGAUGUGAUUGUGGACUUUAGCACAGAGGAAUUAAACUAUCUUGGUACUACUCAGAGGAACCUCUUCCGGGAGGUGACACUGGAAAAUUACAGAAACCUGAUCUUCCUAGGGUACAAAUUCUCUAAACCUGAUAUUAUCUCACGCCUGGAGGAGGAGGAGUCACAUGCAAUGGAGGGAGACAGCAAUGUGAUGACAUUUCGAGAUGGGGAAAAGAGACAUGAAACCAAAGAACUAACUCUAGAACAAUGCCUGCCUGUAGAAAAAUCAUCCUUGAAGGCAGCAACGGAAGAGGUGUCAGUAGGUAAUGUCUUAAAUGUCUUUAUAGAGAAGUCUUCUGAGGACCCAUCAGAAUCACACCAGGGCAACCAGGAGAAACUUUGGAGUCCUGUAACAGUUAGUGACCUCAAGACCCUCUCUCAGGAAAGAAGUCAUAGCAGUGAUGAAUUUGAGAAAAGCUCUGAUCAUACUAAGAAAUCAAGUGGGUCUCUUGGAAAGCAUCUCCAGGAGUGCAGUACACUUGGAAUGUGUAUCAGUCCCCAGUCAGUGAAUGACAAGCCUUUCCUCCAAGAGAACAAACACAAGAAAUGUAAAUUUUGCAAAAGAGCCUUUAAUACCCAAACAGCCCUUGGUAUACAUGAGAAGAUUCAUAUUGGGAAGAAACCCUUUGAAUGUAAACAAUGUGGCAAAGCUUUCUGUCUAGUACCACAACUCAUCAGACAUCAGAGAACACAUUCUAGUGACAAGCCCUCUGAAAGCAAAGGAGGUGGAAAAUCUUUCAUCCAGCAUGCAAAUCUCUGUGUAAAAUAUGAUAGGCAGGACUACUAUGAAUGUUUUCAAUGUGGCAAAGCUUUUAUCCAAGAGGCACAUCUUUUUCAACAUCUCAAAGCCCACGAGGCAGCAAAAUUCCCUCCCCCUAGGGUGCUCCACAAGACAUAUUUAAUUCGCUAUCAACGGAAACAGGACUAUGUUGAAGAGAGAGCCUGCCAAUGUUGUGACUGUGGUAAAGCCUUUAAUCGGAGUUCACAUCUUAUUCAGCAUUAUCGAAUUCAUGCUCUAGAGAGGGCUUACCAGUGCCAACUGUGUGGGAAAUGUUUUAGCCGACCCUCAUACCUUACUCAACACUAUCAGCUCCAUUCUAAAGAGAAACCUGUUGAGUACAAUCACUGUUAAGAAACGUUCAGUCAGAGAACAAACUUUUCUCAGUAUCUUUGGCUUAAUCCCAGGGAGAGAACCUGAGUAUUCUGAAUUUGAGAAGGCCUUCCAUUAGCUACCCAUACCUUAUUCAGAAUUAUUCAUAGUUUAGUUAAAAAACAGAAAAUGGUUGCCAGGGUGUAGGACAACCUUGCAAGAGCACAUUCAGUACAUGUGUCAGCAGUCACAGAGGCCAAAAGCUUACAAAGAAUACUUUUGUUGCAUAGGAGAGAAGCAAAUACACUUAGCCCAUCUUCAGCAGUAUUCAUUGAGUGGAGAAUCUUGAUUUUGUUAACCCACCAAAAACUAGCAGUCUGACUUAAGUUUUUAUAGAAGAGUUUACACACAAAAAGAAAGUUUACCUAUAAUUUCCUCACCACAUGGGGUUAAUCA